AUGAGCGUAUUAGUGACAGGUGGACUUGGGUACAUAGGCGCUCAUAUAGUUGUAGAACUUUCUGCUCAUUUUGAGAAAAUCCAUAUUAUUGACGACUUGUCAAAUGCAAAUUUAUCAGUCUUGGAAAAUCUCAGAAAAUUGGUCCCUGAGGAAAAACUUAUUUUUCACCAAGGAGAUAUAAGAAAUCCAGAAUUCUUACUCCCCCCCCCUCCGUGAGUGAACAAAACCAUUAGAAAAAUCGCUAUUUUUUGCCCAAAAACCCACCCUCCGUGAGUGAACAAAAAUUUUUUUAAUAGAAAAAUUGUUUAUGGAAAAAAAAUUUGAUAUAUAAAUGAUAAUUAUUAUAAUGAAAUCUAGAGCUAAUUCUGUUUAAUUUUAAACGAAUUGCUUUUUUUAAAACAUAAAAUUAACCCCCCUCCGUGUGAGUGAACAAAAUUUUUUUGUUCACUCACGGAGGGGGGGGAGUUAGAAAAUGUAUUUGGGGAAUCUAUUGAUUCAGUAGUGCAUUUAGCAGCGAAAAAAGCAGUUGGAGAGAGUAUGAGCAAUCCUUUAUUGUAUUAUGACGUCAAUGUCGCUGGCACUCUUAAUUUAAUAAAAGCUAUGAGAAAUCACAGAGUGAAAAAAUUGAUUUUUUCAAGCACAGCUUGCGUAUAUAAAGAAAAAACUCUCCCACAUACAGAAGAUGAUACCCUUGAGCCUGAAAAUGUAUAUGGACAGACAAAGCUGAUCUCAGAGACUAUGAUAGGUGACUACGCAAAAAGUGAUUCAGAGUUCCAAGCUAUAAUUUUGCGCUAUUUUAAUGCUGUAGGUGCUCAUCCUUCAGGGCUGAUUGGAGAAGACCCUAGAGGAAUCCCAAAUAACCUACUUCCUUAUAUACAGCGUGUAGCAUUAGGAAGUCUGCCUCAAUUAAAUAUAUUCGGUGACGAUUAUAAUACCCCAGAUGGCACUGCGAUUAGAGAUUAUAUUCACGUCGUUGAUUUGGCUCAUGGCCAUAUUUCUGCUUUAUUAAAUUUGACACCAGGUGUAAAAAUUUAUAAUUUAGGUACAGGAAAAGGCUCCAGUGUCAAAGAAGUAGUUGAGGCUUAUGAAAAAGCGAUAAAUAGAGAAAUCAAUAAAAGAGUUGCUGAAAGAAGACCUGGAGAUGUCGAUGUUUUGUUAGCAGAUCCUAGCAAGGCUAAUAGAGAAUUAAACUGGAGAUCAGAAAAAACUCUGAGUGACAUAUGUGAAGAUGACUGGAGAUUUGCUAGAAACUCAAAGAUAGUUAUUUAA